CGCGUGCGCGGCGGCGGGGACGCCGGACCGCGGCGCGAGGUUGGCGCUGGUAUGGCGGAGGCGCGGCCCGGCGCAGGUACAUUGAAUUUCAAUCCUGAUGCUGCUGAUUCCAUUCCUGGAGAAAGACAACCUACAGAUAUAAACUGGGUAAAUAAAGAUAAGAAAGAGUCUAACAGUAAUCAGAAUAGAAGUAAUUUAUCGUUUCCUAGUCUGUCUUCUGAAAGAGGUACAGGCUGUGAAAGCUCUUCCACAAAGCACCAUGGCUUUUGUAAUAUAGAAAGUCAAUAUGGGAAUUCUGAAGACUUCCACCAGUAUUUUAGUACCAGUAAAAGUUUGAAGAAUCGCAACUUGCCAAGCCAGAGAUUGCACAGAUCAAGAAAUGAUAGCACAUGUACUAGAAAUAAGAUAAGGCAAAGUGCUGCUGAUGCUGUUGCAGGUCCAGAAAUUUCAGAUGUUGCAAUAGUACCUAGUAGAAGAGCACCUCCUAGAGGAUACAAUGAUUUUCUCUCCUCAGAGAGUGACAGGGAGGUACCUAAUGCAGAUAGCAGAGGAGCAAAGCCAAAGAAAACGCAUCUGAUGCAUGCAUCUGGAAGAGGUUUCAGGGAGAAGGGAAAGCAAGUACAUGACCGUGAAAAGAGAGUGAGCUCUAAACAGAAAGUAGAGCUGCUUGAAAAUGUUCCAUCUUUGGAUUUGACACAGUCUGACUCUUCAGAAUCUUCUAUUGGAAAGGCAUUCUGUGAUGCACCUGUUGGUAGUGGGGAUGAGCAAAAAAGCUACAAUUAUCUAAACAAAAGAUAUCCCCGGAAGCCUGUGUGGAAUAAACCCUCAGUAGAAAAGGAGUGUCAGAAAAGACACGAUUCUCACCGUAGUAAGAAUACAAAAGUAGGUAAGAAGUCUUCUCUUGCAUAUACUCCAAAAGAUAAAAAUGAAAGGAAGAAAGAACUCCCUGUCCACAAAAAUGAUGAAAACUUGACAAAGGAAGUCAGACAUCAAUUGUCUGAGUCUGUCAGACUCAGUGGAAGAAAGUUCCUGCUAAAGGGGGAUCAGGCACCUGCACUUCAUUUUAGCUGGACCCAGUACUGGAAAAAGCAAAGUGAUGUACCAAAAAACAAAGAAACUCAUACAGGGUCAUUGAUUGAACAGCUGACCACAGAAAAGUAUGAGUGCAUGGUAUGCUGUGAGGUGGUCCGAAUAGUAGCCCCAGUGUGGAGCUGUCAGAAUUGUUAUCAUGUAUUCCACCUGAAUUGCAUUAAGAAGUGGGCACGAUCACCAGCUUCACAAGCGGAAGAUGGCAAUAGUGGUUGGAGAUGUCCAGCUUGUCAGAAUGCUUCUAUGCAAGUUCCUAAGACUUACACUUGUUUCUGUGGUAAGGUGCACAAUCCUGAAUGGAAUAGAAAUGAAAUCCCACAUAGCUGUGGGGAACUUUGUGGAAAGAAGAGACAGUGUUUAGACUGUCCACAUCUUUGUAACAUUCUUUGUCAUCCGGGACCUUGCCCUUCAUGCCCAGCCUUUGUGACAAAAUCAUGUGAAUGUGGACAAACAAGUCAUUCAGUUCGCUGUGGCCAAUCAACAAAAAUUCAUUGUUCUAAUGUAUGUGGAAAUACUUUAAACUGUGGUAAGCACAGCUGUACUCAAGUGUGCCAUGCGGGAAAAUGUUCACCUUGCCAGUUAACAGUUCAACAAGUGUGUUACUGUGGAAGCAACUUUAAAGAAGUAUUGUGUGGGUCAAAGGAAGAAUUCUCUGAUGGAUUUGGGAGUUUCUCCUGUCAGAAUAUAUGUGGCAAGAAAUUAAAUUGUGGGAGGCACAACUGUAAGCAAGUAUGCCAUCCUCAGCCUUGCCAGCUCUGUCCACGACUUCCACAAGUAGUGUAUCGCUGUCCCUGUGGUCAGACUCCUCUCAGCAAGUUACUGGAACUAGGAUGUGUUGAACGUAAAAUAUGCACAGAUCCUAUCCCGUCAUGUGGAAAAACAUGUGGCAAACCUCUCUCUUGUGGUAGCUAUGAGUUCAUUCAUACAUGUGAAAGCCUUUGCCAUGAAGGAGACUGUAGACCAUGUUCUCACACAUCAAAUAUUUAUUGUAGGUGUGGCUUCAAAAAAAAGGAAGUCCCAUGUACUCUUCUCAGAAAUAAAGCUGCUAUUACAUUCAUGUGUGACAAGCGAUGCAACAAGAAAAGAUCAUGUGGACGACACAAGUGUAAUGAGGUCUGCUGUGUGGACACAGAACAUAAGUGCUCUUUGGUUUGUGGUCGUAAACUCAACUGUGGGCUUCAUAGAUGUGAAGAACCCUGUCAUCGGGGCAGUUGUCAAACAUGCUGGCAAACAAGUUUUGAUGAGUUAACUUGUUAUUGUGGUGAAUCUGUGAUUUACCCCCCUGUCCCCUGUGGCACUCAGCCACCAGAGUGUAAAAAAACGUGUACCAGGCCGCAUGACUGUGAUCAUCCAGUGUACCAUUCAUGUCAUAGUGAAGAGAAGUGUCCACCCUGUACUUAUCUCACUCAGAAAUGGUGUAUGGGCAAGCAUGAACUGCGAAGUAAUAUUCCUUGUCAUCUCACUGACAUUUCCUGCGGACUUCGCUGCAAUCAAAUGUUAAAAUGUGGGAUGCACAAAUGUAAAAGAAUCUGUCAUAAAGGAGAGUGUCUUAUAGAUGAAGAGUGCAAACAGCCAUGUAUUAUUCCAAGGCUAUAUUGUAAUCAUCCCUGUAUGGCUCCGUGUCAUCCCUCUUCACCCUGCCCAACAACCUCGUGCUGCGCAAAGGUUGAUCUUCAAUGUGAAUGUGGAAGAAGAGAGGAGAGUAUGAUUUGUUCAGAAGCAUCUAAUACGUAUCAAAGAAUAGCUGCUAUAUCUAUAGCCACCAAGUUAACAGAUCUACAGCUUGGGGAUUCUGUGGAAAUCAGUAGGCUUAUUACAAAAAAAGAAAUGAAGCAAGCCAGGUUGCAAUGUGAUGAAGAAUGCUUAGCCCUUCAGAGGAACAGGCGUCUUGCUGAAGCUCUUGAAAUAGAUGAUAAUUCUGAUCCUUUUAACAUCCGUUCUUCUGGACCAAAGUACAGUGACGUUUUAAAAGAAGAUGCAAGGAAGGAUUUAAAAUUUGUCAGUGACAUUGAGAAGGAAAUGAGAAUGCUUGUGGAAGCUGUAAAUAAGGGCAAGCAUACAAAGAAGAGUCAUUGUUACCCACCAAUGAACAGAGAUCACCGCAGAAUCAUCCACGAAUUAGCUCAGGUUUAUGGUAUUGAAAGUGUGAGCUAUGACAACGAACCAAAGCGCAAUGUUGUUAUUACUGCAGUGAAAGGGAAAUCCAUUUGUCCAAGCAACACCUUAACUUCUGUGCUAGAUAAAGAAAUGCAGAGCAGGCCUCCACCUCCUAUUCCUCAUUACAAACAAACAGAUAAGAGUAGUGGAAACAUUGGCUUAUCCAAACCAUUAAAAGAAGAGCCAGUAAUUGACUACUUUGAUGUCCAGGACUGAAGUGAUUGAUGUAGAAUCAUUCAGAUGUAUCAGAAUCAUGUUGAUUAUGAAUGAUACAGAUGUUUAGAGGUGAAGAUAAUAAGUUAUUGUGUGAGGUGCUUUUUGAUUAUCUGUCAAAUGAUCAGUUGUUCAGUAUAUUCAUGAUUUAACAUCUAAAGUUAGAUAGAUUGUGACAGUUUAAAAAGUUAUGCAUUUCAACAGUUUAUGUGAGUGCAUAAUACUUAAUAGUAGUAUAGCUUUUUAAACCUGGGUUUGGUGCAAUUUUUUAUCUAACGAGCUGUCAGAAUGAUGUAUAUUUUCAUUGAUGCCUUUAAAGCAAGAGAACUGGUGGUAAUUAAAUGUAUUUUUGGGAUAUUAAGAACAACAAUAAAUCACAAAGAUUUAUUUUGUCAGAUCUCACACAAAUUAAAAUAGACUAGAAACAAUCUGUGAUAAAAACACUGGUCAGGAAAUUCUCAAAGUAUUUUCAUGUUUUAUUAAUCCACAUUUGUGUUAAUGUGGUAAAUUUGGGAAUUUGAGUUACUCUUUUACAUGGAAGGAAAUAUAAAAUUUAAGUAUGAAUAUAUACAUUAAUGCAUAUUAAGAGCACAGACUUCCUUUGGUAUCUGAAGAACCAGCAUUUGGGGAAAGUGGGGAUUAAGACUUACUUUACUUUAUCUCAGAUUUGACACGUUAAAACAGAAAGAAACAAACAAGCAAAAACAAAGGAAAAAACCCAAGCCAAACAACAACAAAACCAACCCCACAACACAAGAUUACUACUAUAACUUGGUUUAGUAGUACUUAAUAAGUUGGUCUUUGUUCAAGACCUUGAACAAAAUAAAAAAAUCAGACUUUAUAUAUAUUUUGGUGUUUUAUGCAUGGUUUUAUUGGGGCUUACAUUUUUUUCUGUACUGUGCAAGCUUAAGAUGAAUGUGUGAAGUUUGGUUUAAGUAUGUUAUGGAUUUGGAAUAAUAUUUGUAAAAUUUAUAAGACCAUCUAAACUGUUUGAUAAUAGAAGAUCUUUGCUUUAUGGGAAAUGCCAUUAACAAAAUGGGAUGA